AUGUCGACAGUCGACCGCGCCGUGGACGACACAGUUCCCACCGCGCUUUUGCAGCAGCUAUUACGGAGUCCAUAUGCUUGCUCGUCGCUGUCGCCACUGAGCAGCAGGCCGGGUAACUUUGUUUACCGCGGUAUCCUGGCUCGACCCAUCCCUGCGCAAGAUGACACCGCGGCUAAGAGCAUCAUAGUCAAGCAUUAUGCAGAUAGAGCGCCUAAGACGUUCGAAGAGCUUUUACUCCACUCACUGACUAAUUUCUCUCUAUCAAAUACCAUAGCCACUAUCAAGACACCGCAACUCUACUUGUACGAUCGAGAGACCAAUACCCAGGUUCUGGAGGAUUUCUCCAAUACCCAGGGAUUCAAGACCAUGUUUUUCUCCGUUGGCGCAAACAAUCAUCUUCCUUCGCUUAGCGCAGCUACUAUUGGUCACCAGCUAGGGUUCUGGCUUCGGUCCUUUCAUAUCUGGUCUUUAGCGCCAAAGCAAGCUGCUCUCCGGGCGCAGAUGUGGCAGAACGACCCUAUGCGGGAAAUGAAGUAUUCCUUCACUUACGGUGGGGUUAUAAGGGCACUUGAAAACUUCCCAGAGCUUUUGAAGAGCCAUAAGAAAACUCUCGACACUAUUGGUGAUGCGCUAGCAAAGGAAGACGAGAGGAUGUCGGCAGAGGGUGGUGAUGGUUAUAGUCUUCUACACGGAGAUUUCUGGUCAGGCAAUAUUCUAAUUGGUAGUACCGGCUGGCGAGAGUCGCCAUUGCAAGGAAGGAAUAACGAGUUGUUCAUUAUCGACUGGGAGUUCUCUCAUUUUGGCCACCGUUCCUGUGAUCUCGGCCAAAUAAUCGGUGAUAUCUAUGAACGAAAAAUAUACAGCAAUUUUGACACUGCCAUAUCUAUUAUGAGAGGGGUUAUUGACGGCUACGGCACAUUGAGCGACGAAAUGGCAUUUCGGACUGCCAUAUACGUCGGUGUUCAUCUAAUCACCUGGUACAAUAGGCGGCCCCAGAAGGUACUGAAUGCAACCCCGCCGGAUGUGAUCGUUGCAGGCUUAACGAUUGGAAGAGACUUUGUGUUGAAAGGAUGGGCGAAGGAUAGGGACUUCUUUCGGGAUAGCGCAUUAGCAUCUCUUUUUACUGCGAGGUAG